UCUUUUUAUUUUUCUCCAAAAAUAAAAUAAAAUUAGUUACAGAAGAGCCAUUUAUCUGCCAUUGUUAUUCACGCUGCUACUGAUUUCUUCUUCUUUAUCUGCGAUGGUCACGUGUUCAAUGCGUGGAAACAGCCUCCUCGCAUAAAUCCAAAGGGAAGGUUGCAGAUUAUAUAUGCCCACACUUCUACCCUGGGGAGUAUUUCAUUUCAUAAGAUGUCUUGAUAAUGGAAUUUAAGAAGCUUCAAGAAAGGUAGUAACUGAUUUAUUCGUCUGUGGAUGUGGGGAUAAGUAGGGGAUAGGAGUGAAGUUGUUUCUCUGAUCUAUUUGCUAGUAAGUCUGAAUCCCAUUAAAAUGGUGCGACGGGGAUUGGAGGGCUGUGAUAUUUUGUUUGAUAUAUCCCGUUUAGGGAGAAAGAGGGCACACUCUUGGAAUAAGGAGUCAGAGUCUGAAAAUAGUGAUAUUUUUCGUCUCAAAAGGCAGAUUAGAAAAACUAAGAAUAUGGAUGAAGAUUAUGUACAGUAUUUGAUGCUUCUCCUUGACUACGAUGAAGAGUCUAAGUGUUACACAAAUGAAGGCGGAAAUGAAGGUCCCGCUGUUGCUAAAGAUAGGCUUUAUCACGACAUGGAUGAGGAUGUGAAUGAGUAUGAGGAUGAUGAAGACGAGGAUGAGGAUAUUGAUCCAGAAUACAAGAAGUUUUUGGCUAAUGCUAAACCAAAUGGGAACUCAUAUAUGGUUAAAAUUGAUAGAAGUGUUGGGUUUCCUGUGUUUGUAGAGUUUGAGAAAGAUGAUGGAUCUGAUGCAGGGUUCGAAUAUUUAGGACAGAGAAAACACCAGGAUUCUGGGGAUGAGAAGGAUUUUGGUAAUGUCAGUUGCAAAGAUAAAGUACAAAGUCAGCCAUUUUCAAGAAUUGUCCUGGAAAAUGAUGAUAAUAGAUCUGCAGGAGACACCAAUGUCAUAUUUGAGCCUUCUGAUCCUGUUACUCCGAUGGAAAAAGGGCUGACGAGCAAGAAGCUUAGCUUGGGGGAGAAUGGUGAAUGCAAGAGGCGUCGGAAGGGUGAGAUGAAGAAUAGGUCAAAUAAGGAGCAGAAGAAAAAGAGAGGGAGACCAGCUAAAGUUACUACAAAAGAAGAGGGAGCUGAUAUAGAUGAAGACUAUUCCUAUCUUCUGGAGAAAUUUAUAUGUAAGAAUUGGAGCACAACAACCUCAUUUAUGAGGAAAUAUAAUCUAAAAAGGAAGAAAUCAUCAACAAAUGUCCUGGAAAAUGAUAGUAAUAUAUCUGUGGGAGACAUCAAUAUGACACAUGAGCCUUCUGAUCCUCUAUCUCCAAAGAAAAAGAAGAAAAAGGGGCUUAUGAGCCAGAAAAAUAGCACGAAGGGAAAUGAUACAUCCAAGAGGCAGGGAAAGGGUGAGAAAAGGAAAAGAUCAAACGAAAAGCAGACGGCGAGAAAAGGGAGAAAAUUAGCAGUUGUCCCUUUAAACGAAGAUGUAGCCGGGAGAAAAUCAGUAGAUGUCACUGUCAAAGAAGAGAGAGCUGAUGUUGAUGAAGCCUCAUUUAAAAGUGGCAACAGUUUUGAACGCGAGGCUGCUGACGAAGAUCUUCAAAUAGUUGUCAAUGAUAAUUGUACAUUUGGAAAGGAAGGAGGUUCUAAUAUCGUGGAAGCUUCUUUAGCAAAACACUGUGAAAAUGUUGAGGAUAGCUUCCCAAGGAAAACUGUGCGUUCUGAUUUUUGGUACAAUGUCAAGGCUCUUCUCGAGAGGCCUUACGAUCAGAAGGAAUAUAUCGGAUUGUGGAAAGCUGUCAAAAGUAGAAAGCCUACUCUAAAGGAUAUGGACUUGCGUAACGGGAAAUUUUACUCGUCGAGGCGGUUGGGAAAAUCAUAUUUGGAUCAUUAUAAAGACCUUCAUGAAAAACUUAAAGAAGUUGACAAUGACAACAUAAAACAGCUAACCAUCUUGCGCGGCUUUUUCUUCUGGUUACAGCAAACAACUUCAUAAAAAAAACGUAAUGAUCAGAUCGGUUGAUGCAUCCACCAGUGACAGUAUAAAUGAAGCAGCCCAUGGAGUACUUUUGUAGCCAAAGCCAGAUUCAUCACCCUGGAUAUUUGUCAAGAUAAUCAAUUUUAGUAACUUAAUAUGUGAGCAAAUAAGUUGGCAUUAUUGUUUAUUAAAUUUUAAUUUAUGUAAACAUUCAGUAUGCUGAUAUGUUUCGGACACAACCUCUCUACCUUUGUCAUGGCUGAUAUGUGGGAUUAUACUGGGUUUGUCAUUGCUUUUGGCAUCUUGUCUGACUUUUUAUUUUACCUAUAUUUAGACUUUCUUGUGACUCACAGAAGAAAAAUGUUUUGGUGAUUGAUAACUUGAUCCAAUUGAAGCUAACCUUUUUGGUUUCCGUUUCCAAUUGAAGCUUUUAAAACAACUUAAAUUUCAUAUUCACAUGCUGGUUGGGUGCAACUAUUAUAAGAGUGACUUGAGCAUUGAUCUCAUUCGUCUAGUCUGAGGAAUGUCGUUAUGAGGGAUUGAGGAGACAUAAAUUCUGUACUUUCAUUUAAACAGCAAUUACAAUAAUCCAGUAUUUGAGACAAUAUCUCCGCGUCUUACUAUGUUCUGUUCAUUACAUAUUUAGUACUUUGCACAAAUUUAGUUUUACAACAUAAACUC